UUUCUUUGAGUCGAUCCAUUUCUUCUCUUUUAGUUGGACAGAUUGUGGAUUUGUGUAUGAAACGCGAACUGUGGUGGAGCUGUUAAGGUGUUUCAGGUAUGAGAUUUGAUGAACGAUGCCAGAACUGCGUAGUGGAGUCCGCAGGGGCCGGGCAGCGCAACCGAAUCCGAUCGGAGGCGAGAGGUUGAUUACCAAGACGAGAAAAAGACGAACAGCGAAGAACAAGCAACCGAUUGAUGAGAAUAUCGUGAGGGGUUGUGUUCCGACGACGUCUCAGCAAGCUAAAGAGGAAAAGAAAACUUUAGAGGAAGGCGGGGUCGGCGGAGGAGCCUGGGCUGAUUUUGGCGGAUUAGUUGGUGCUAGUAAGGAAGAGGUUGGAGAGAAGAAGAUGGAAGACUAUGAUAGCGGGGCGAGGAGCGCUGACAAGGCUCCUGGUGCUGAGGAUGAAGGAAGCACCGCUCCCCUUCCUGAAAAGGUCCAAGUGGGUAAUUCGCCAGUGUACAGAUUAGAAAAGAAGCUGGGCAAAGGAGGCUUUGGGCAAGUGUAUGUUGGACGACGUAUUUCUGGUACAAGUACUUUAUCUGGAGCUAAUGAGGUUGCCUUAAAAUUUGAGCAUAGAACUAGCAAGGGAUGUAAUUAUGGACCGCCUUAUGAGUGGCAAGUUUACAACACUCUCGGUGGCAGUCAUGGUGUGCCAAGAGUCCACUACAAGGGCCGGCAAGGUGAUUAUUAUGUCAUGGUAAUGGAUAUGCUGGGCCCAAGUUUAUGGGAUGUUUGGAAUAACAAUUCCCACACAAUGUCGAUUGAAAUGGUUGCUUGCAUUGCAAUUGAAGCAAUCUCUAUUUUGGAAAAGAUGCAUUCUAAAGGGUACGUUCAUGGGGACGUCAAGCCUGAGAACUUUUUGCUUGGUACUCCAGGGACUCUAGAUGAGAAAAAACUGUUCCUUGUUGAUCUUGGAUUGGCCACUAGGUGGCGAGACAGUACAACUGGUCAGCAUGUCGAGUAUGACCAGCGGCCAGAUGUUUUCAGGGGAACAGUACGUUAUGCUAGUGUGCAUGCUCAUCUUGGAAGAACCGGAAGCAGGCGAGAUGAUUUGGAAUCUCUUGCUUAUACAUUAAUUUUUCUUCUUCGUGGUCGCCUACCUUGGCAAGGCUAUCAGGGAGAAAAUAAAGGUUUCCUCGUAUGCAAAAAGAAGAUGGCAACGUCCCCAGAAACUCUUUGUUGCUUUUGUCCACAACCUUUCAGACAGUUUGUAGAUUAUGUUGUGAAUUUGAAAUAUGACGAGGAACCUAACUAUGCAAAAUACAUUUCCUUAUUUGAUGGGAUUGUCGGUCCAAAUCCUGAUAUCAGACCAAUUAACACUGAUGGUGCGCAGAAGCUUAUCUAUCAGGUUGGCCAUAAGAGAGGCCGGUUGACCAUGGAGGAUGAGGAGGAUGAGCAGCCGAAGAAGAAGGUCAGGAUGGGGAUGCCUGCAACCCAAUGGAUUAGUGUCUAUAAUGCUCGCCGGCCUAUGAAGCAAAGGUAUCACUAUAACGUUGCAGAUGCAAGGCUUGCGCAACACAUUGAGAAAGGAAAUGAAGAUGGUCUAUUUAUUAGUAGUGUGGCAUCUUGUUCAAAUCUAUGGGCCCUUAUUAUGGAUGCAGGCACUGGCUUCACUGCACAAGUUUAUGAACUCUCACCCUAUUUUCUUCACAAAGAAUGGAUUAUGGACCAGUGGGAGAAGAACUACUAUAUUAGUGCAAUAGCAGGAGCUAAUAAUGGAAGCUCAUUGGUUGUAAUGUCUAAAGGUACACAGUAUGCACAGCAGUCAUACAAAGUUAGUGAUUCGUUUCCAUUCAAGUGGAUCAACAAAAAAUGGAGGGAGGGUUUCUUUGUCACCUCCAUGGCCACUGCAGGAAAUAGAUGGGGUGUUGUUAUGUCCCGUAGUGCUGGAUUUUCAGACCAGGUUGUUGAAUUAGAUUUUCUGUACCCUAGUGAAGGUAUCCAUCGGAGAUGGGAUAGUGGUUAUCGCAUCACAGCCACUGCAGCCACUUGGGAUCAGGCUGCUUUUGUUCUGAGUGUGCCUAGAAGAAGACCGGCAGAUGAAACACAGGAGACUCUUCGAACAUCUGCUUUUCCUAGUACACAUGUCAAGGAAAAAUGGGCUAAAAAUCUUUACAUUGCAUCUAUCUGUUAUGGUCGAACAGUUUCUUGAGGCUCCCAAUUUUUUGUUGGGGCUUCCAGAUUUUAUAUUGGAUAAUCUGCUCACUUGUGGGUGCUGGUUCUUAUCUCUUGCCAUCUGAUCGGAAAGCCGCAGACGCCUCAAUUUCUGAAGCCAAACUGCUAGCCAUUGUGACACCUGGUCUGGAGAAAUUUUGAUGUGUGAAAAUGUUACUUAAUUGCUCAAAAUCUGAUACCAGCUAUUACUAACACAUUGUACUGUGUCUUUGUCAAGAGUGUAAAAUGUUCCUGAAAGUAAAUGAUGACAUUUUUAUUGUCGUGAAGUUUGUAUAGUCCUGAAUAAUGAUUACUUGAUUAAAGGCAUAUGCACAGGUCUUGUUUUGAUUGCUGUUAAUGGUGGAUGGUGUUCUGAGAA